AUGUUGUUUCAGGUGGGGGGUCAAGGUACGCGGCCGACAUUCUUCGAGAUGGCCGCCGCUCAGCAGCUGCCGUCGAGCCUACGCGCCGCCCUUGCUUACUCCCUCGGUGUAUUUGCUUUGCGAAGACCCUUCAUUCACAGAGUCUUGGAUUAUGAAGAUGAAUUUUUUGCUUUGCUUAUGCUUGUCCUUGAAACUCACAGUUUGCGUACAACAGAUGCUUCUUUUGCGGAAUCUUUAUAUGGCUUGCGGCGUAGAGGAGUUAAUAUGAAACUUAGAAAGACCAAUUUGCUUGCGGAUUCUGGUGACAAACAUUACACCAGUUUACGUAAGCGCCAGAAAGUUCUCUCUGUUGCAUUUUUGGUUGUGUUACCAUAUUUGAAGUCAAGGCUUAAAUCUAUCUACGAUAGAGAAAGGGAAGCUUCUCUUCAGGCAAGUCUUUGGGGGGAUAGUGAUGAACAGUUUGACAACUACAUUGGUCGAGGCUAUAAUCCUUUUGGCUCAAGGGGCAGCUCAGAGAUCGAAGCAUCUACUAGAGACCGUUGGAUCAGGAUGUUGCGGAAGACUGUUGGUGCUUGUUACCCUUGGCUGCAUGCUGGAACUGAAGGAUUAUCAUUUGCUUACCAGCUGUUAUAUUUGUUGGAUGCAACUGGUUUCUACUCCCUAGGAUUACACGCACUUGGCAUUCAUGUUUGUCGAGCAACUGGGCAGGAGUUGAUGGAUACGUCUUCUAGAAUUUCAAAAAUAAGAAGUCGCGAACGUGAGAGGCUUCGUGGGUCUCCUUGGUUAAAGGCAAUACAAGGUGGUUUGCUCAGCUGUGCAUAUGCCGUUCUUGACUAUGCUCAGACUGGUUUGAUUGCAGCUGUGUUUUUCUUCAAAAUGAUGGAAUGGUGGUACCAGUCUGCGGAAGAAAGAAUGUCAGCUCCGACUGUAUAUCCCCCUCCACCACCCCCUCCCGCUCCAAAGGUUGCAGAGGAGGGGAUUCCACUGCCCCCGGAUCGUACAAUAUGCCCAUUGUGUUUGCAGAAGCGUACAAAUCCAUCAGUAAUGGCUGCUUCAGGAUUUGUUUUCUGCUAUACUUGUAUAUUCAAAUAUGCCAGUCAGCACAAGCGCUGUCCGAUCACAUUAAUGCCUUCAACUGUGGACCAAAUUAGGAGGCUAUUUCAUGAUGUUUAA